AUGAAAACGCUCGUCAAGUUGGUUACCCUAUUGUUGCUCGUGGCUGUGUGGCAAGAACACCAAGCGACAGCGCUGAACCCGCGGGAGGUACGGAAGGCGAGCGACGGCAUCAAGCAAAGACCAGAGUUCAAGAACGUCCAUGACUUGAUCGACAAGUACCUUAAGCAAGCUAUUCCCCUUACAGACGUCACCAUUUUAAUACCUGUGGGCAUCGCGCAGCUGUACGCGUACACCUCGGAUCAGCAAACAACGAUCAUAUCGUACAAUACCAUCACCACGCGCUAUCUCUACCGCAACUUCACAACCAUGAAGGGCGGCGCGUCGCUCGACACGCUGGAAGGAAGCACCGUCAUCAAGCGCGGCCCCAACUACCAGCCAGUCGUGGGUUUCCAGGGCACGGGCGCGACCCUUUGGAGCAUGCUGAUCAUCCCCAACUUGUGGGUGGGCUCGGACUUCACGAUCCAAGGAACCACGACGCUCCUCAUCCCCGCCGACUUCGGCUCGGAGGCGAUACGGAGAGCGGAGCUGCAGCAGGCCAUCGCGCAAAUCAAUCAGCGAGCAGAGUUCGCGACCGUGAAAGACGUCAUCAGCCAAUGGCUAUCAGCGCUCACGUCACUCUCUGACGUCACCAUCCUCCUCCCGCUCUCCCCCGAAGUCCUCUCUUUCAUGAAAACCGCCUUCUCCCCGGCCAAGCGAGAUCAAAUCCUGGCCUUCCACGUCAUCACCAAACGCUACUCCUACGUCAAUCUCACGUCCCUUCCGGGCGGCACCGAGCUGGAAACUCUAGAAGGCAUGCCGUUGAUUAAACGCGGCCCGAAUUUUCAACCGCUGACGCUCUUUCAAGGGCGGGAGCUCAUCCCGUCGCUCGUCAUGGUACCGAAUAUUUUCGUCGGCUCGACUUUUUCGAUUCAUGGCAUCAGUACAGUGCUAAUUCCACCAGACUUAUGA